CCUUUUACCAGCGGAGAGGGAAGCAACCAUACCAUGGAAGCGACACUGGGGGGGAUUUAAAGGAAAAUAAUUCUGGAGACAACGUCAAAGAAUAGAAGUGGUACACCAUGGUCUGCGAGGAACUGUAACUAUCCACUGCAUUUGGAAUAAACUAAACGUGUAAGGAAAUGGUCGGGAGUGCGCGGAAGUUUGUGUUUACUGAUGUUUUAGGAGCUAACUUAGCUGGUUGGCCCUGUUAGCUUGUUAGCGAGGAAGGUGCGCGCUGUUUGGACUGCUGGACUUUACCAUUUACAACUAGCCUAACUUAAAAGGGAAAUGCUGGUUAUAUUCUAACAUUUCAAAAAGCGGUUUGGAAGAUCUUGCGGCGGCUUGCUGAUUUGGCAAACUCAGGUAGCUAGUGCGGGCCAAAAGCUUUGAAUUUUGUGGGGUCGUGUCACAACACAAACAGCACUGAUACCUGAAGGGAGAAAACGCUUUUUAAGUCACCAUCUUACAGGUAAUCGGUCAGCUCAGCGCUAUAUCGACCAUCCUCUCGUUACCGUGUAAGCUGCUACGGAUGACCCAUAGGUUUGCAACCCGUCUUCCUCAUCGGACCUAGUUAAUCGUCUUCGUCCGUGAUGGGCCCCCUGUUCAGCUAGUACGACGCGUGGAAACAAUCUGCAGCCCAUUAACCAUGGGAGGAUGUGUGGGGAGAUACUGGCAAGGCUGGGAGGACACACAGAGCCGAGGCUCCAGGAACGGUGGACGAGGAGGACGUAACGAGCCUCUAAAGAAAGAUCGUCCCAAGUGGAAAAGCGACUAUCCGAUGACCGAGGGCCAGCUACGGAGCAAGCGGGACGAGUUCUGGGACACUGCGCCGGCCUUCGAGGGCCGGAAGGAGAUCUGGGACGCCCUGAAAGCUGCGGCCGUGGCCUUGGAGUUUAACGACCACGAGCUGGCCCAGGCUAUAGUGGACGGAGCCAGUAUCACACUGCCACAUGGUAAGGACAGAAAACUCAACAAAAUAACAAAACCACCUAGCAGUAGGGCCAGGUACCGAAUUCAAUACUUUGUAGGCACAGACCACAUUUCCUCUAUAGUAUCGAAAAGUGCCUCGUCAUUCACCAGUCCAUACCACGGAAUUACCAGUGAAACCUAUCAUCUUAGCCACCAAGAGUUCCAGCUCAAGGUACGACUGUCCACGGGCACGGACCUGCGCCUCAGCGCCAGCAUGGGGGACACCAUAGGGCUCCUGAAGAAGCAGCUGCAGGCCCAGGAGGACAUCGACGGCGCCCACCAGCGCUGGUUCUUCUCCGGGAAGCUGCUCACCGACAAGACGCGGCUGCAGGACACCAAGAUCCAGAAGGACUUUGUCAUCCAGGUCAUCGUCAACCCGCAGGCCCUCCGAGCCCCGAAGCUGUCAACCACCGCCUCCUCGCCUGCGCCUGAAUUACCCGAGGACCCAGAGGAUAGAUAGAUAGAUGGAUGGAUGGAUGGAGGGAGGGAGGGAGGGUAGUGAGGUGGGUGGCAGGCAGACACUUAAAGGUCCUUUUUUCUGGAUAACUUACGCUUUCUGAGAACAGUUUCUGUUAUUGAAAUGAAAUCGUACUGUGGAGGUACAACACUACUUUUGUAGUAAAAAAAAAAAAAAAAUGAGGGAGAAACUCAAAAGUGCUGCUUUCUUUCACCUACUACGUGUCAUUGUAUCACUCUCGGGGUCUGCUGGCUUGUUCUCUUAAGUGAAUCCAUUCACCACACCAACUCUGAAGAUCCUCGUCCCCUUAUCUCCAAGUAAAAGCAGAACUUGUCAACCACAGACAAAAAAUGUGCACAUCAUGCUGCUGCACACGCGGACUUGCCUCUGCCCCUUUUUUUUUUUUUUGUAAUCUGCACUAACACUAACUGAAGUGCCAAUGGAAGAAAUGCAGAGGUGUUUUGGGUUUGUUCUAAAGCACAUUUCUACUGUGACGCACACGGACUCUGCACCGCAGUCCCUUUCUCCUCCACAGAAAGAGGAGGGGGGAGGCAGAGAGUGAGCUACGGAACUUUUUUUUUUUUUUUUUGUUCUCUUUUCUCUCCCACCCACAUUCUUUCUCUUUAUCGAGGAAAUAUUGUAAACUGAGCUUUUUUUGCACAUUUGAAGAUUAUUACUAUACUUUUUGUGGUAGUUUGUGUGCCUUCUACAAGAUAAAACAAAAAAGGGUUUAAUGUCCUGCAGACGCUAGUUGUACCGCUAGGCUAAGCCUUCUGUAUUUUUUUUUUUUAGAUUCAGGAACUCUUACAUCGAUCCAAGCUAUGACUGCUGCCUUUUUUUUUUUUUUUUAAAUGAUGAUUUCAUGAAUCUUGUGGACAAAUAUUUGGUGUGUGGGUGCUUGUGUGUGUUUGGGCAAAAUUAUGAUGUAUCUGGCCCAUAUAAUUUCACUUUAACGUAGCUCACAGAGACAAGACUGUUUUUCCGGUCAUAGCUUUGCAGUCAGUCAUAUCAUAUUGUAUCGAAUUAAUCCCAAAUUAUUGUCUUAAAAGCUGCAUUAUUGACCACUUUAUAACCCCCCCCCCGACCACUAGGGGGCAGCAACACAGCCAUGAUGUAGUCGGUUCAGUUGCUCAGGCCUUGUUGUCCCUUUGUUUUCACCACCUGAUGAAUGUAAAUCCAGUAUUCAUUCACCUUUUUAUGCUCGAUGUGGUCCAAUAACUUAAAAAAAAAAAAACACUGUCAAAUUUGUUCGCUCUGUGUUUGACUUUCUACACCAGCAUUCAGACGGCUUGUGUGAGCUUGUUUGCCACAAAUGGCUGCCUAUUGUUUCAUAUGUGCGAUUGAGAGCCAUUAUGAGUCUAUAUGGAGCGGUGAACCAAAACGAUGAGCUGAGUUGCUGCUGAGUAAAAUGCUGAGUCUCUUGCCGUCCCCUGAAUUUGUCUGAUGACUAAGGAGUCGGCCCUAACACACACCAGCUGAACAGUUUCUUUUCUUCCAGUUUUGCGCAAGCCCCAUGAUAGAAAUGUCAUUAACACUGCCACUCGCUGGAGUGGAGGUUGGACAUUACACAGACUUUGUGCGAGGGAGCUGGCAAUGUAAAGUUGGUUUAACGUCCGGUCCAACUGAUUCGGACAUUUGCGUUUUUGCAUCCGGCUCCUCCGGGUAAUUUUUAGUAAGGUGACUUCUCCAGGUAGGGAAGUGGGGGCAUGUAAAAUUGCCUAGAUGAAAGAAUAAUCUCGUACAGAACAGGUCAAGAAACAUUCAGUCUUUGAACUAGCCAUUUAGCCUGUUUCUCAGGUUGACUCUGAGCACGACCUGCCUUUAGACUGUGUAUAUAGAAGUACAGCUGCGGUGACUCUGACCAUUGUUGCACAGUAAACGUCAUUGUUUUGAGUCGUUCCACCAGGUUUGUCACCAACCACAGUGAAACGCGUCAGCCACAAACACAAAAAAUUGCCUUGAAUUUAUGCUGCUAAGUUCCCAUUAGGCCUGACGGUGUGCGUGGUAAAACGCUGUGGCUACAUUCACGCUGCAGCUCCGAUAUUUCCCCAUCAAAUGUGACCCAUCCCAUUUUUGUCUAAGCACUGUGAAUAUCAAUCCCAGCUGCAUUUUGUUUCUUGCUCCCAUGGAUCAUAUGUAAGCAAAUCCUAGCAUGCCAUUUAUCUGAACUCUGAAAUCACAAUGAUUUCAGUUCUAUGCCAGACUACAUGGCAGCUUUUCUGAGCAGUGUGUUGGCACAUAAAGCAACAUGACACCGAUCACAAAUUUUUUUUUUUUUUUUUUUGGGGUGGGGUUUGACAUAUCCAGAUAUACAAUUCAAGUGUACACGGUAUACAGUUCCGUUUGAACUUGGCUCACAGGACUGAAAGAAAGUAACCUGAUAGGACAGAGUUUGAUCGGUUCCAUUCAGGCUCAGGCAUAGCGUGAAUGUUCCAGUUUAAAUUUUGGUGUCUGAAUUUAUCCAACUUGAGCAACUAGACUUUUUGACCUGAAUAUUUAGCUGCAAAAUGACAGAAUUUGAGAAAAAAAAAUUUCUUUCUUCAAAAGGGGCUGUACUCAGUGUUCUGAACACUACAAUAACCGUAAACGAAACAUCUUCUAUGGAAAGAAAUAGCGCAGAAAAUGCGUCCUGAGCAGGUGUGUGUGUGUGUGUGUGUGUGUGUGUGUGUGUGUGUGUGUGUGUGUGUGUGUGUGUGUGUGUGUGUGUGUGUGUGUGUGUGUGUGUGUGUGUGUGUGUGUCCGUCCAGCCGUCCAGCCGUGAGUGCCUUGUGCGUGGGUAUCCGACGCGAGGGCCGUGACAAAGCAUCUGUAUUUGCCGAGUCGGGGGAACGGUCUGCGAGAACCAUGUGGAAGCAGACUUUUUUUUCCCCUUCUGAAUACAGAGUACAGCCUCCCUAAAUAUUGGACACUUGAGUUUUAUAUUGGUUUGUGAAUCUUUUUCAAAACAAAUGUAUAAGGGCACCCCGGAGAACGCAAACAAGAACGGCCUGCCGUACGUUAGGAUUUGAGAGGGCGUUUUUUCCGCGGGAAUUUUUGGGAACUACUUUUCACCUAUCAUUCCAACACCACGUGUCCAUCCAUUUGUGUUAUGUGGUCUGUGAUUCGGAUCCGCUCCAAAAUGUAAUUGGUUCUUCCUUGGUUCGUGCGACACCCUUCCGACAAGUUUCAUGGAAAUCGGGCCAAGUAUAGUGGGGUUUUUUUUUUUUCGUAAUCCUCCUUGACAAAAACGGACAAGCAAACCGAAAACACGGUUACUCACCUACUAGAAAUUUCAAAGAGGAUAAUUCUAACCACGUGUAUUCCCAACGAGUAGAGCAGCAAAGAUGUGAAAGUCCCUACUCGGCUUCUUGGCCUGACUGUCACUUCCAGGUCAUGUUGGUGUCAAUUUGGGUUACAUCCCAGAAUAGAUAUUCAGGCACGUAAGGGUUAAGAAUCAUUGCUCCUGUCUUAGAGAGAAUAAAAUAAAAACCAUCAGAGUGGAACGGCUCACCCCAUCAAUGAAAAUGUUUAAAUACAAACAACCUUUUUUUGGGGUCUCUUUUCUAUCCAGUUUCAGCCUUGAAGCUAAUCACAAUCAACCUUUUCAUUUGCUUUCCUUUUACCAAUGUUUUUUUUUUUUCCCCCUGGGAAUAUUUCCUAAUCUAAUUGUAUGCAAACUUGAAUAAGCAUUUUUUCCUCUGUAUGUGCAAUACAAUAGACAUAGACCUCAUAUCAUUUUAGUUUUGUAUUUUCGGACUCUACAGAUUUCAUAGAGCAUUGUUAAAGAAAGGUCAAUCUGCAGGUGCGAGCCUGCUGUAAUCUGACGCCUGUGUCAGAUAAUCCGAUGCCUCUUGUCAAAAACGGUCACGUUUGUCACUUUUGAAAUGUAUAUCCAAGCUGUCGUCUUCAGAUGGGCUCUCAUCGUUCGCGGAGUAAAUAUCUAAACAUUAAAAAUAAAAAAAAGACGCCUACGCAACUUUUCCUCUCCCUGUGUCCAUUUAGCAAGCUGCCCUGCACGUCUCGGCAAUUCUAUACCUGUAUGCCACUCCAUGUUGAGAGAGCGAAAGAGAGAUCUCCGAUUUUAUAGGGGGAAGGGCAUACAAACGCACAAUAAUUUCCCUUUUAAUGUGUUAUUAAAUAGAUGAGAUGUCUCCACCGUGAACAGUCAGCUUAAGAAAACCGUAGCAAAUGAUGAUGAUCAAAAUGAUAUCGGAAGUAGCCAGCUGGAACUCAAAGUACUUUCUCACUUGUGAAAAGAGGCCUCAAGGGCUACAGUGCUGCUUUUAGCAUAGCACAUCUAAGAUGGUCGUUUCUUAUCUUAUCUAUUCAUUUGCCAGCCUUCUAAGCUAAGGAUACACCAUAGCACUUGUGUGUUGAUUUAGCUCGCCUAAAGCUAUGAAUUGCACUCUAGUGUGUCUCCAGCAAUUCCACCUCAGUUAUAUCAUUUUUUCUUUUUUCUAAGUUAAAGUUUAAGCCCACUGCCUGGCACAGCCUGCAAGUUCCGCCUCUUGUUGUGGUAAAGACUAAAAGGGAAAAUUGUGAAGAUUCACAAGAAGUUUAGCACCCACAUUCUUUUUUUCGGGACUAGUGGCUAGGAAAGGUGGUAAAAAUUGUGCUCAAGGGCACUUUAUUAAAAUUUCAGGCAUUUGGAGGAGACAAUAAUGUAUGAAAAACAAAGCACCUCAAAGAUUUUGACAAAAAAAAUAAAUAAAAAAAACUCAAAGUCCACAAACUAGCUUUUUGCAGAGCUUCUGCUCAUUUCCCCGCAUCUUCCUCAUUGGAUGCAGUUUGCUUAUUUCUCCCACUCAUACAUCAGUUUUGGUAUUCUAGUGUUUUCCAAAGUCGGGAGCAAUGCAAACCGACACCAAUCAAAAUGACACACUUUGUCCUGCCCUCAUUAGAACGUUUGCACAUGUCUACACUUCUGAACACAUGUAAAACUUGACUUUUUGUAAUGUUACACACGGGUGGAAGCGACUUGCGUUUUGAAGUCGGUUUUUAAGCUGGUGAUAAAAGCCAUAAUAGGCCGGGGGAUAUUUAUUUUAUACUUGCGUGACAACCAGUACCACUCCAUACAUCCCUGCUCUUCUUCAAGAACUCAUUUUCCCAGAGGGUAUUGCAGUUAAAUAAAGCUUUCACACAGAAAACAAGCCAUAGAGCGCUCACUAAAGAGAAAUCUCAAACAUUUGUUUUUCAAAAUGUCCAUUCAAAUGUGUCUGUAUAUUAGUCGUGACAUGGAGAUUCCUCGAUGAUGAAUGACACCAACAAUUUAUUGUACACUCGGUGUGUUCAUUUGUACGCUGAUUUUGUUUUCAAUCAUCUUUUUAAACUGUUGAAUAAAAUUGAGUGUGAAAAACGGA